AUGCCUUCUUCAGUAAAGAGCUGGUUCGCCCGUCACUGCGCUCCUCCACCACCUCUCACCAACAACCCCAUGUGUCCCUGCACAACAUGCUUCAACGGCGGUUCUCACUACAACAACUCUGCCUCAUACUCAAUGUCCUCACCAACGAGGUCACCACAAACCCCAAGUGUUGACUCAGACAAUGCCUCGCUCAGCAGCGGUACAACUGUUGCUGCAUCGUCUUAA